UGGAAAAACCAAAGGUAUUAUAGGGUAACAGAGAGUCUCAAGCAUCCUUCCUGUCUUUGACUGUGACUUAGGUAUGGCUCCAUCCUCAAACCUCAUUUCUCUCCUUUUCUUGACAACCCUUCUGUUUUCUCUGCAAACUGAUGCAAGAGAGAGCCAGUUCUUCAGCAAAGUCCCCCAUUUCAACAACAAUGUCAAAGACACACAGGUUGUUCCCAACAAUGAAGGACCAAUAGAGCAAAAACAAGCUGUGUUCAUCCCUGAGGCAGAUAACAGCUAUGGCUUAUAUGGCCAUGAAUCUGGCCUCAACCCUCCCUCCUCCUCCACCUCCACCACUACUUACCAGCCAUAUAAAACUGAGUCUGAGGAAACUAGCAAGUUUACCAACAACAACAACAAUUUCUAUAGCUUUAACAAAGAUUCCUUUAGCACCAACCAAAAUGAAUUGAGUGAUGCAAGGCUUGCCGGGAAUUCUUAUAGCAGCAGCAGCAACAAUAACAACAACAACAACUAUUUCUUCGACAACACCAAGGAUAAUGGAUUCAGUGGCACAAAGUACACAGAAGGAGGAUACAACUCUCCCAUGGAAAACCAGAACAGCAACCAGAAGUAUUACUACAACAACAAUAAUGACAGAUACUCUUUCAACAACAAUAAUGGUGCCAACAACAGGUACUUCUACAACAAUGAUGAGAGGCAAGGGUUGAGUGACACCAGGUUUAUGGAGGGUGGUAAAUACUUUUAUGAUGUUAACUCAGAGAAGUACAACCCAACAGCAAGAGCAGGAGUGAGCUCUGAGAACUGGUACAAUAAUAGGGGCUACUUUGGCAACAACAACUACGACAACAAGAAAUCUAUGGAAGGUUACCAGAACCAAGAGGUUUUUGAGGAUGACCAAGAGGUCUUCGAGCCAUGAUGAGUUAGCCAAGUGAACUUCAGAGUUCACUUUGCAUUAUUGCUUGCUUUGGAGUAUUCAUAGUAUGGGGUGUUCAAUGUUGUUUUUUAUCUGUACCUUAGAUCAAGAUUCACAAAAAAGAAUUAAAAGGGUAGGUUUAUUUAUGGGGUGUUAAUUAAAUGUUUUUACUUAAUGAUAAUCCUAUUAAAUCUUGCCCAAGAUUUAGAAAUACUGUCCAUGUAUAAUGUCAUAUUUGUCUCCGUUUAUUUAGUUGUCAACGUGAUAAUAUAUCAUCAAAUGUUUAUGUAA